AUGGCUUGCGACAAUGGCAAUAAUCAAGUGCCGGAAGAUGUAACAAAAGAGAUUCUCUCAAGGUUAACUGUGAAGUCACUAUUAAGAUUCAAGUGUGUUUGCAGACAUUGGUAUUUUUUAAUGAAAAACUCUAGUUUUAUAACCAAGCACCACAACACCACCACCAAUUCUCGUCUCAUUAUUCAACAUCACCAUUAUAACAAUCUAAAUCGUGCUAUACCCAUAUUAUCUGAAUUAAUUUUUUCGAGCAUGCCCCCUGUAUGUUACAAUUUUGAUGAACUUGAGAUGCCCAAUAAUCCAGAAUAUGUUAUAGGUCCAUUGAACGGCAUAUUUUGCUUAUAUGGUAGAGAUGAAGAUCGCAUAUUUCUGUGGAACCCUGCAAUAAGAGAACUCAAGCCUGUCCUGGUACUCCCCCCAAAGCUUCCUCCCCGUGUUGAUCGCGUUUAUCAUUUUUUUGGAUUUGGCUUGGAUAUCAUAUCCAACAAUCUCAAGGUAGUUUGGCUUCGACAAUUCUAUAAUGAGGAAAUACAGAACAUUUAUAAUGACACUAGUGUUGCAUUGUAUAACUUAAGUACCGAUUCUUGGAAACUCUUUGAAAUUCAUUUGGAUGCAAUUAGUUCCAUCAUUGAGUCUUUGAGUAACACAUACAUGAAUGGAGUUUAUUAUUGGAUGACAACUGAAAAUUUUUAUAACUUCAAGAUCCUUUCAUUUGACAUGCAUAACGAGAAUUUUCAAGAGUUACCUGGGCCACCAGAUAUUACCGAAUCACAAUUUGGGUUUCUUGCCACAUACAAUGGCUCAAUUGUUAUGAUCCUUUAUUACCCACAAGAGGUAGAGAAAUAUUUUGAGAUAUGGGCAAUGGAGGAGAAAGGAUUUUGGAUCAAACAAUUGACUGUCGGUCCCGUUCUAGACAACUUGUGUCCAGUUGGCAUUCGGGACAAUGGUGAUCUUUUUGGUACAAUUAACACUUCCCGCUUGGUUUUGUACAACAAUCAUGCGACAGAAAUUAAUAAUCUUGGACAUUACAAUAGUAGCAAGGUUUUCAUUUACAAGGAAAGUUUAGUUUCAGUAAAGGGACGAAAAGAAUGCAAGGAGAGAAAUACCAUGGUUCAAGCUUAA